AUGGAAACACUACCAGAGUUGUCAAUGCCGACAACACUACCGUUCUUCAUGCUUAUGCACGGCCAUGACCUCUACGAUCACCUUGAUGGGUCUGCCCUGAUUCCCACCCUGAGCACUACUUCUGGCACCAAUACAACCCUCAUCCUGCUUAUACGCUUUGAUUCCAUCAGGAUCAACUCAUCCAGAAUGCUCUUAUGGCGUCUGUUGACCCUACCAUUGCUUCCACAGUUGCUAUUGCAAUCACAUCCAAAUUGGGACUCCUUGCACACUGCUUAUGCAAACAAGUCCCAUACUCGGAUCUUCAACCUUCGUGACCAACUUGUACUAAUCACAAAAGACACCAUUCCUAUUACUGAGUACCUUCAGCGUAUUCGGACCUUCUCUGAUGAACUUGCCACUACAGGUGCCUCGGUUUCUAACUCCGAACUUAUCGUCAAGAUUCUUAGUGGACUUGGCCCUAAGUUUUGUGAGAUAUCGGCUACCAUAUGA